AUGAAAGGCUGUCCGGUACGAGUGGCUCUAACAAACAGUUCUGAUGCAGUUUUUUACACUUCAAUUGAAACGAGUAAGAACAAAAUGUGUGGACCAGAAAUCAAACUUAUCUCAACUUUGUCCAAGGCAUUAAAUUUCAAGUUGAAUUUUACUUUUAUUGGUCACAUUGGAUUUUUAUUUGAAAAUGGAACAUCAGAAGGACCAUUUAGAGUUUUGCUGGACGAAAAUGCUGAUUUGGCCGUAGGAAAUUGGUGGCUUAAGACAGAUCGUUUGAAAUUCUUCAGUAGCACACAUUCAUACGCUCAACAGCCGUUGAUUUUUAUCAUCCCACCAGGAAAACCAGUGACACAUUUGGAAAGGCUCAUCUCAGCUUUCAGUCUUCAAUCUUGGAUCUGUAUCGGAUUAUUUUACCUGAUCGGAAGUUUAGUGAUAUUAUUUGUUCAGUUGAAAUCUCCUUGCGUUCAAGAAUUUGUUUUUGGGGCUGGUGUGACAAGUCCAAUGUUUAGAAUGUUCUCAGUUUUCAUUGGCGACACUCUCAACAAUUUACCGAAACGAAACUUUGCGAGAUUUCUGCUCAUGAGCUUCAUAAUCUUCACGCUUAUAAUUCGAACUGUUUAUCAAGGCUCAUAUUUUCGUCAAAUGCGGACCUUCAGACAUCAUAAGGAAGUUGCUUCUAUCAAUGAAAUGAUAGAAAAAGAUUUUAAUUUCUAUGCAAAUCCAGGAAUGAUUGACUUUCUUUUGGGCUUUCCAGCAAUCAGAGAGAGGUUAAAAAUAAUAAAUUUCUUAUUCAUAUUUGAAACAAUAAGUUCUCAAUGUUAUUCCAGAGUCAGAGAGUUGAAUAAUGAAGAUGUGCCGGAAUUUCUUAAGCAAAUAACGACAAAUCCAAAUUUUAAAGCCGCCUACGCUAAUGCAUUGUUAAUAAAAGAUUAUCUAAAUUCAAGAAACUCAGAUGAAUCUCAACACAUUUGCAAGGAAGUUUUUGCAACUAAUUUGCCAGUUGUGAUUUACUCAUUGACAGAUUUUUAUCUUUUGAAUGCUUUGAAUGAGAAAAUAAACGCAAUUAUAAAAGCAGGUUUGAUUGAUCAUUGGACACGUGAAAGCUGUCGUCAGAAUGUUCGAAAAGUACAAGAAUCUAUUAAACCAAAAGUCUUAACAUUUGAUGACUUAGAAGGCAGCUUCUUAAUUCUCAUAUUUGGAUGCUUGUUAGGCUUCAUUGCUUUCCUUUGCGAGAAGUUUUUAUUGUAG